AUGAAGUGUGCUUUCCUUAUCAUUUUAGUUGUUAUAUCCGUGAUGAGUAUCGUAACAAUUCAAAAUGUUGAGGCAAAACGUUUAUUACGUGAAGAAACUCCGCAAAUUAUGUUGCAUCAUGAAGUUUCAACGCAAGUUAUUAGACCACAAAGUUUUCACUGCGAAAAAAGGUGUGGUGUGAAAUGUGUUCCAAAUCCAUUUGCUGUUGAAUGCUUUUGUGUAUGCUAA